AUGAAACUUGAGAUUAAUAUAAAUGAUGACUUACCAUCAUUAAUUAAACUUAACAAAUUACAAGCUAUUGAAAAUUCUUCUUCAACUACUAGAAUGGUUAAUCGUUGUUGGAGAUUGAAUCAGACAUAUAAUAAGAAGAUUUUUAAGGAUGGUGAUUAUUUUAAAGAUUUAAAUGAUGAUUUCAAACCUCCUUUGAUUUCUAAUGAUACUUCUAAUACGUUGUUAUCAAAGGUUUCGAAAUUAAGUCUUUAUACACCAAGUGAUGAUGAUGAAUAUUACAAGAAGAAAUCUAUGAGAACUAAACUUAACACCAUAGAAGACAAUGAAGACGAUAAGAAGAUUUUUUAUAUAGAUAAUACCCCUUCUCCAGAGUAUAAGAAUUCAAAUAAUUCCCAAUCUGAUUUGACUUUCAGUAAAGUUGAAAAACCUGGUAUGAAACGUCAAGAUUCAUUGUUUUCGAAUUUUAACCUUCAACGAUCUUUGAAACAAGAUUUGUACAUAAACGAAGAGAAUGAAAGUGAAAGUGAAAUAGAUGAGAGCGAGAGUGAAAUAGAUGAAAGUGAAAUAGACGAAAGCGAAAUAGAUGAAAGCGAAAUAGAUGAGAGUGAAAUAGAUGAAAGUGAAGAUGUGAGUGAAAUAGAUGAAAGUGAAGUUGAUGAAGUUAAAGAUACAUUGAGUCCAAUGAACAAUUCUAGUUCUUUGCAUUCGAGACAGUUUUCAAAUCAUCGUUCUCGUGCAAACUCCCAAUUAACUAAUUCUCAGAUUAAUUCCCAAAUUGGAUCCCAAGUUAAUUCAACCACUAAUUCUACUUCCAAGAAGAUGAACCAAUCUAUUUCAAGUAUAAGGAGAUCAGAUGAUUCAGAAUGGUUAUCGGUUUCAUCUGAGGAAGAGGAAGAGGUUCAACCAAUCAAUUUCUCCAAAAGAGGAACUUCGGAUUUAUCAUCGUCUCAACCUAGAUCUUUAUUAUCGGGUUUAUUCUUGAAUGAAAUGAAAGGUCAUAUUACUUCUCAAAUGAGAUCUCACAGAUCUGAAAAUGAUGGAGGCGAUGAUAACGAUAAACCUCAAUUGAAAAGAUCAUCAACUACAGGGAUCAUAACCUUGGGAGAAAAAAAUGAUAAGAUAAAAAUUCAAAGACCAUCGAUCAUGUUCCAGAAAAAAAUCACUUCUAUGACGGAUAUAAAACCUUUGAUCGAGGGUAAAGAAAUUGACUUUCAAUGUGAUGAUUGUCAUAAUGAUGAUAAGGAUUGGAAACCAACAUCUAUUGUUGGAAUUAGUGACUUUAAUGCUAGUUUCAAAAAUCAUGAAACUUCAAAUGUUUCUGAAAGUUUGAAUAAGUAUCAAACCAAGAGUUUAUUAAGUUUGCCUAGUUUUUUCAGUAAAAGAAGUGCAUCAUCAGAGAGAUUUAAAAUCGAGAGAACCCCUUCAGGAGAGAGAACUCCUAAAAUUUCCAGACCAUCUUCUACCAUACCUGAACCUUCAUUUUUACCUACACAAAUUGAUAAUCCCUCCACUGAAGAAUUCGAUGUUCCUAAAUUAAUCACUAGAGAUACAAAGAAUAUAGACCUCAAAACCAAAGAAUUCAGCAAAUCCUUAAAAGAUUCAUUAAACAUCGAUAACAAAUUAGGAAAGGUUCCUUUAUCAAAUAAAAUCUUACCAAAUAAUAAUGUCAACUUCAUUAUUGAAGAUGAUGUAGAUGAUUAUCAUAGCAAAGGUUGGUAA